AUAAAAGACACCGCCAACAGUCCGACCAUUAAAGGAGUCUGUUAAAUAUCCAUUUCGAAACUCAAAACUCAAUUAUAGCACUCGCUAACAGCAUAAACCAUUUAAAAAACAGUUUAUUUUCAUUCUCUUCGCGAAAGGUGUAAUUCUCCGCCAAUUCAUAAGCCCUCAGAGCAAGUGCGGACUGCUAAUUGAUUCAAAUUAAAGGGAGUGCAAUCGAUGCGCUUCAGGACAAACAGAAAAACAGACGGAAAUACAAAAAACGCAACGAAUGCUCAAAUGCCGCGAGCUAAAAAACAGAGGGAAUCGAAAAACGUGGUAUAAAAAAAUGAGAAGUAAAGAGGAGUAGCCUCAGCAGUCAGGAGCAGAAAGCAUCAAGGUAGACAUGAAAGCCCACAAAAGCGGAAACGAAUGAUUUGCAAAAUAAAAUUUACUUAAGAAACUGACGGCAGACUUUAAAAGACAGGAGAAGUAAAUUUUCGCACAGUUCCUAUUGACAAAAAUAAUUUAAUUCAGAGCCAGAUAUAUGUGAUCUAAAGUAACUCCUGGGCUGACUUCAAUUAUUGGGGUAUAAAUGUAAAGCUCUGCAGAAGCUGGGAAGGAGGGAAGUUAAAUUAAUUGAGUUAUCAAGUGCACAGCCGAGGGCAGUUUAAUAUAAAACUCCUUCUUACGAAGUCUAGGCGACUUUAUUUAAGUUAACAUAUAUGUGCGUUUGUACAUAUAUGUCAAUUGUAUCUGCUACACCCUUUUAUAUACCCUCUCAUCGUAAUUGUUGAUUAUUUGCUUCCCAUUUGUUACACAUUUACUUAUUCAUACUAUUUUCCUUCAUUAUUUUUUAGCCACGGGGCAAAGACUGCAAAAAUACCAACACCAACAACGCAAAAAUGCGGCACAGUAAACGAACGCUACUGCAUAACCAUAGCAACAACAACAACAUACCUUGGCUUCUUUUACUAUGUCUCUUCAUAGCUUCGACAGCUACCACCACAGCAGCCAGACGUUCGCGUCUUGAUUUAGCUGAGAGCGUACAAUCUGUCGCCCAAACCGCCAACUCACCCUUCUCCACCACAGUGAAGGACAGUAAUUUGCCUAUUGCUGAAAAACAAGUCGCUACAGUAGCCAACGCACCAGCUGCGCCAGUACCACCAGCAGCGGCACCUGUGCCAGCACCGGUCUCGUUGGCAAACACCGCCGCUAAUGCUACUCUUGCAACUAACGACGAUACAAGACAUCAGGCAGAGUCUUUGGUGAGCAAUGGCAACAAAACACCGGCUCUUGCUGCCGAUUUGCCGGGUAACUCUGAGGCAAAACAUGCCAUUGACAAGUCGGCUGUAAACUAUGCGGAGAGCGAACAAGUUGCUGCUAACUCGGCGGCCGCACCUGCAGCACUCGACUCGGCAACUACGGCUGCAGUAGCCACCGCGGAAAAGUCGGCUUCACCGGAACACAACGUCGCUGCUGAAGAGGAUCAAUUACCCAAGGAACAGAAAGAAUUGCCGACAGAGAUUGGCGAUGAGGACAUUGACACGUUAGAUGAUGGCAACAAUGUCGGCACAGCUAGCGGCGGACACGGUAACACGCUUGAGGAAUGUGAUCCGGAAUUGAUUGGCUUCGAAAUUGUUACAGGCUAUGUUUUCUCAGCACCUGGCAAAUUGUUAAACUCGCUGCCUGGCACCCUUAUGUUGACCGACUGUCUGGAAGCAUGUCAAACGAAUGAUGCCUGUCGGGCGGUGAACUACGAAACCGGUUUAUGUGUGCUGUUCUCUGCUAACGCGGAUAAAUUACCAGGCGCCCUCACUAAAUCACAAUUCCCUGUAUUUACAAUUUAUGCACAAAAAUCAUGUCUCGGCAUACGGCCGUGUGCACGUGCCUGGUGUGUUGAUCGCGUGCAAGGCUACAAGUUGAAUGGCUAUGCAAAGCGCACGAUACCAGUGGUUUCGCGACGUGAUUGUUUGGAGCUAUGUUUGGGAGAAAACGAAUUCACAUGCAGAUCGGCCAACUAUUAUCGCAGCACAAAAACUUGUGAGCUCUCCGAAAUGGAUCGCAUUACCUUGGCCGGUACUGGCGCAUUUCAGCCGCACGAUACUAUUGAUUAUCUGGAGAAUAACUGCGCUGAUGAGCCAAAUAAAUUGUGCGAGUUCAAACGCUUGUCCGGACGCAUAUUGAAAACGGUGGAUUCGGUGUAUCAGGAUGUUGGCAGCAUUGAUGAGUGUCGUGAUUUAUGUUUGAAUUCGCCGUACAGAUGCCACUCCUACGACUAUGGCGAUACCGGAGAUAUGGUUUGCCGACUUUCGCAUCACAGUCGCGCCACGCUUAUCGAUGUGCAAGAUCCCUACUUGGAAGUACCCGAAGCCGCCACAUAUGAACUCUCCUCCUGCUACAACGUGACCAUUGAAUGCGGCGCCGGCGAUAUGAUUGCGCGCAUACGCACAUCCAAACUAUUCGAUGGCAAAGUCUACGCUAAAGGCUCACCGAAAUCUUGUGCGGUCGAUGUAAAGAACUCGCUAGACUUUGAGCUACGUAUGGGUUAUCAAGAUCUCGAAUGUAAUGUACGUCAAAGUGGUUCGGGACGUUAUAUGAAUGAUGUGGUAAUACAACAUCACGAUACAAUUGUGACAUCCUCCGAUUUGGGACUUGCGGUAACUUGCCAAUAUGACUUGACCAACAAAUCCGUAACAAAUGAAGUUGACCUGGGUGUUAAGGGUGAUAUUGAACCGGCUCUAAGUGAAGAGGUGAUUGUUGACUCACCGAAUGUGAUAAUGAAGAUCACAUCACGUGAUGGCAGCGAUGUCAUGCGUUCGGCUGAAGUUGGUGAUCCCUUGGCGCUUAAAUUCGAAAUACUCGACGAACACAGUCCCUACGAGAUCUUUGUACGUGAGCUGGUCGCUAUGGAUGGCACUGAUAAUGCUGAAAUUACGCUCAUCGAUGCGAAUGGUUGCCCAACGGAUCAUUUCAUUAUGGGACCAAUCUACAAGAGCUCACUGUCUGGCAAAUUACUACUCUCACACUUCGAUGCAUUCAAGUUCCCCUCGUCGGAGGUCGUACAAUUCCGCGCACUCGUCACACCCUGUAUGCCAACUUGCGAACCUGUACAAUGCGACCAAGAGGACAUUGGCGGUGAAUUCAAGUCAUUAAUUUCUUAUGGACGUAGGAGGCGCUCGUUGAAUGUGACAGCAACCUUCGCAGGUAUGGUACAGAACAGUCAUGAGCAACAGCAAUUGCUGAAGGAACAACAAAAACAAUUACGUUUGCGCAAUAAACAACAGCAAUUGCGCCUGCGCACCAGACGUGAAACAGCCUUGUCGACUGGCAACAAACCUAGUCAAGAGGACAUGCUUUUGGUGCAAUCAAUUCAGAUCACUGACAAAUUUGGCUUCGAUAAGCAACAGCAGCAGCAACAACCCAAGUCAACGGCAUACGAUAGCAAUGAGACGAUUUUCAUUAGCGGCGAAGCAGGACAAGGGUACUGUGUUAAUGCGAUUGGUCUCAUUGUUGCCGUUACCAUCUUUUUGCUCGCACAACUCGCCGUCAUUGCCAUUUGGACCUACUUGCAUCAGCGACGCCGAAAACAACAACCUUACGUCAAUGAGGGCCUCAGUAACGCCUCCAGUUAUGGCUCACACAAUGGCGGAUCGACAAUGGUAACCAGUGUGCCCAAUACGCGAUCGGAGUCAUUGUGUAAAUUAUAUGAUAGCGGUUUCGCAGGACGACAUGGACGUCAAUUUUAAGAUUGGCGGGAAGAAAUGCGUAGCAGAGAAAACAACAAGGCAAACAAAAACAGCUUAACGAUGAAAUCAAAACGAUAAACCACCUUAUAGGGAUUUAUUGAGUAGAUUGAAAUGUGGAAGUUAGACGACUGGUUGGUUUGGGGGUUUAAACUAUUAGCGAAAAUUCUUGCCGCUAGGAAGAAGAAAGGAAUUUCACGGGAAGAAUAACAGUGUACUUUUUAAUUCAAUGUUAGUAAUUUCAUCUAAAAAGAAAGCCAUUAAAGGGAAAAUAAUGAAUAGGGAGAAGCUGACUAAGAAAAUGGCACCCACCUUAGGUGGCAGGUGCAGAAAGUUACUUAGAAAAAGUUGAUAUUGUGGUGCGUUCAAAUGAGACUCACAUGGUGCAGGAUAUAGUAAAUCUCGUGGACAAUAUUUGAAUUCAAAUAUUGCAUAAAUUACUUAUUUAAUAGCUUAUUAAUAUAAUAAAGGCACGUCAGCGAGAGGUUGAGAAGAAAAUUAUAGUCUAAAAUACUAGUUUUUAAGUUUUGCGGCAGAGCAUGUUCAAAUCCAAUUGAAUGCCUUAUCGAAAGUGACACAAAUGCAAUAAAAAAUAUUUACAUUUAACGUACGCAUACAUACACAUACAUAUACUUAUAUUGUAGAAAAUAGUAGAAAUGCGUUUAGAAUGAGAAAAAAGGACGACUGAUAGUUCAAAUUUGUAUUACUUUUCUUUACGAAAUAUUUUCAAAAUUGAAAAUGGAACGUUUUAAAGAAAACUAAUACGAUAGAAAUCGGUUUGCAAACUAAUGCGUAGUUUAACUGCAAGCGAAGAGUAAUUAUAAGUAGAUUUUAGACACAGCAGAUAAUAGCGUUUAAGCUAAGAAGACAAGAAAUGAAUAAUAAUAAUUAGAAAAGCUGAAUUUAAAGCAAUUUCUAAAGCACUUAAUAAGUUUUAUUUCGUAGUCUAAAGACGACAAUUAGAAAGUACAUUGCAAACAAAUAAUAAACAACAGCAACAUAAUGUCAAACUUGCAAUCCGGCAAUUAAGACGCAGAAAUCCUUGUAAUAAGGCAAUCUUAAAACACACACAGAUAUACACGCAUACAACACACAUUAAAUAUUGUAGUAACGCUUAAGUACAUACAUACAUACAUACAUACAUACAUAUUUAAUUAGUAAUUGAAUGCAAUAUAAUUUAAUUUAGC